AUGAAGCAGAAUCGUUUUGUGUCGAAGUCGGCGAGAAAGGCACGCAAGGCGCACUUCAACGCACCGUCGCACAUCAGAAGGCGACUGAUGAGCGCCCCGCUCACCAAGGAUCUGCGCAGCAAGCACGGCAUCCGAUCCAUACCAAUAAGGAUUGACGAUGAGGUGACCGUCACACGAGGCCACUACAAGGGCAACGCUGGCCGUGUGAUGCGUGUUUAUCGAAAAAAAUUUGUUAUUCACGUCGACAAAAUCACCCGGGAAAAGGCCAACGGUUCAACAGUACACAUCGGCAUCCACCCAUCAAAGGUCUGUUCAGAUUCUAAAUUCGUCGCGACUUUUCAUUUCCUUGCAUGUCUGUUGCAUUAG